GAAGUUUGGGUUGCGUUUCUGGUUUAGUCUUCGGAAUUGUUCUUUCUGUAUGAAAAAAGUUACAUUUCGUCGAAACGGGAAGCUACGCGCAGACUGUCUGGAAGCAAGGAAGAAGAAUGCCAAGGGGGGACGGAUUGACGAUUCUUUUGUUUAUGUGCCUUUCACCCAACUGAAGGAAACAAGCAAUACCUUUGAAAAUAUUGUUUCAACUUAUUCCACUGAACAGACGGGAGAACAAGCAGACGAGUCUUACGUGAGACGAGGAGACAGUUUUCCCGACGAUGGGAGGAGUUGCUAUAAGCCUUCUUGUGAUGUGAACUGUAAAAAUUAUAAAUUUUUCUACUCACACAAUAAGAAGUUGAACGCUAAUCUUGAUGAAACAAAUGAGAGUAUAGUAUCAACUGGAGACUCACUAAAUUCAACUUCGGAAGCUCUAGCCUAUUACUUUAUUGAUCUAUCUCCGAAACUUGAUUACUUAAGUUCUAUAGAUCGAACAAGUAUUUUAGCAGCACUUGAAUUCGCUUAUGAGGCUCAUAAAGGUCAGUUUAGAAAGUCAGGAGAGCCUUUUAUCAUACACCCAAUUGCUGUAGCUGCAAUCUUGGCUGAUUUGAAAGUUGAUAGAGAUACAGUCAUAUCAGGCUUGUUACAUGAUACAGUGGAAGACACAUCAGUAACUUUUGAAACAAUUGAAACGAUUUUUGGGAAGGAUGUUCGCCGUAUUGUUGAAGGCGAAACGAAAUUCUCUAAACUUACUUCAACGAUAGGAGCUUCGCUCGAUAAGAAGGAAAACAGAAUACAGAAUGGGUCACUUUCAGAUCUUGACAGGAUAAGACGCUAUUCUCAAGACGUUGAUUACAAUUCUUUUUACCUUUCCGGUGCAGAUGACAAGCAAUGUGAAUAUCUAAAACACAUUUUUAUUGCAAUGACAGAAGAUGUCCGCGUAAUUCUUGUGAAACUAGCUGAUCGUUUGCACAAUAUGAGAACUCUCGAAUACAUGAGCCCCGAAAAACAAAAGAAAAUAGCUCGUGAAACUUUGGAAAUAUUUGCUCCGCUUGCACAUCGACUGGGUUUGGGUAGAAUACGAGUUGAAUUAGAAGAUAUCUCCUUUCGUUUUUAUUAUCCUAAGAAAUUUCUCAAAGUAUUGUCUCAGUUAUCGAUCUUUAAAGCAAAUAACAAAGUGGAUCUUUGUCUGGAUGAAGCUCGAAUUUGUUUAAAACAACUUUUGGAGCAAGACCUCGUUUUGAAGCCUCUGAUUAGAAGGCUUGAAAUUGAAGGCCAUACAAAACCUUUAUACACAAUAUAUAAGAAAAUGCAAUCUGGAGCUAGUUUGGAUGGUAUUUAUGAUUUGGCCAGUAUAAGGAUAGUGGUUGAGCUGAAGAAAGAUAUUGUUGAUCAGUGGAAACGUGAGGAGCGCAAGUCUAGUUGUGGACAGAGAGACCCAACAGCACAGUGGAAUUGGUUGGAAAUCUUAAAGAGUUCAGAGAGAAUAGAGGAGGACUUUGCACAGAUCAGUACGGCAUCGUUUUACGAAAGAAAUGUUUGUUAUCACAUUUUAGGUAGCAUUCAUUCUUUGUGGAAACCAAUUCCUGGCAAAUUGAAAGAUUACAUUGCAUUUCCAAAGCCCAACGGUUAUCAGUCAUUACAUACAGUAAUACUCUUUGAUUCUAAGUAUGGUUCAUUGCCCUUGGAAAUACAAAUAAGAACGCAAACAAUGGAUGAGAUAGCAGAACUAGGAAUAACUUGUCGUUUUUUCCUGGAUUCCAAUGAAGGCGAAAAAACUUGUAUAGAUUGGCGAAGAAGGACAAUUGCCUGGUUAAAGUCACUUAGAGAUUAUUGUGACGAGUUUUCAUACUCUAGUACUGAUUUGAUUGACGCAGUUAGAAAAGACUUACUUGGCCAUCGUAUCUUUGUUUUUACUCCGAAAGGUUACAUUCUCGAUUUGCCAAAAGGAUCUACUCCAAUAGAUGCAGCCUAUCAUAUUCAUUCAGACUUGGGACACAGUAUGAUUGGCGCGAGGGUUAACGGAAGGUUCGUUCGUCUAGACCAUGUCCUUCAAAAUGCGGACGUAAUCAAAAUCGUCAAGGGUGACUCUGCUACUGGUCCUAAACCAGAUUGGAUUCAUAUGGCUCGAAGUAGAACUGCCAGACAAAAAAUUAGGCGAUACCUUCGUCAAAGAGAAAGGAUAGAGCUUAUUCAUAAAGGAAAAGAAGAAUUGGAGCAAAUGUGCCGAGAGAUGAACUUGAUACUUCCUUCGUCUUCUGAAAUACUAUGUGGUCUUCAAAAAUUAUUACAUUUAAGCAAGAAGCGAAUAACUUUGAGAACAAAAAAUUCAAGCAAUGCCAGUUCACUUGUCCAGUGGUUGGAGUCCUUGAAAAGCUGUGAUGAAUUUUACAUUUCUGUUGCCAAAACUUUAGGAGACCCGACAGGAGAGCUUCGGAUGGACUGGUUGAGACUUAUUCUGAGAUUCCUUCAUAUUCGAACUCAGUCAACAAGUCAUGACCACGGAGCUUCUCCAGGAACUAUCAAUUUGUCUAAAUACAAGAUAGGGGCGGCCUCAACAAUAACAUCGAACCAAGACAUGAACUCUAGCAGUUCUCAUCGACAAAAAGUUGAGUGGAAACCAAAAAUAUUUGUGUCAAGAUGCUGUCUACCUGUAAUCGGUGAUGAGAUUGUUGGAGUCCUUGUAGAUGGUGACACGUUAAUGUUGCAUCGGAAGGACUGCUCUUCAACGAGUUCCCAAAGAGACUCUUCUGCAUUCUUUCAUCUUGCCUGGAAAAAUUUGUCUAAUUGUCUUCAUUACUCAAAAUUGGAGACCAAUAAUCAUUUAAAUAACAGUUUAUUUCCUACGAGACUGGUCAUCAAAGCCAAAGACACUGUUGGUCUUCUUUCGUCAAUUGCUGGAGCCAUAAGUCAACAAGGUUUUUCUAUCACACGCUCAGCAAGUAACUGUGAAGAUGGAACAGAAUUGGCAACUUUGUUCUUUGAAGUCCUUGUCGGGCACGUAAAUGACAUAGUCUCUAUAACUGCUUUACUAAGGAGUUACACAGAAGUGUUUGACGUUCAGCGAGUUAUUGACGUCCAAUGUUUGAAAUGGUGUGUUUCUAAUACAUACACUGAUCGAAACUUGCAGAUGCCAGCCGAAUUGCUUGAGCUUCCGGAUGACAUAUUGAAGCCAUCUCAUUGACUGCUCGUAGUUUUGUAUGUUGUAUGAUGACUAAUUUUAACUUCAAGGUGAAUUACAUUUUAAAAAGUAUUUGUCUAUAGUCUCAUGAGAAACAGCUUUUUGGCUUCCAACAUAUGGGUGACGACAUUCACAUAUAUGUUGUUUUAGAACUUUCAUGUUCUUAAAGUUUUCUUUGCAUCGAUGACAAAAUAAAGGCUGUUUCAACAAA